AUGUCUUUCUCGCCUGAAAUUUCUACUUUGAUAGCCGAUGGUGCUAAGUUAUAUGCUGCGCAAGAAUUUGAGCAAUCUGCCGACAAGUACGCAGAAGCGUGCCAGGUGUACAACGAGCAGGCAGAGGCUGAUAACGCGGAUUUGUUGUUUUUGUACGGAAAAACGCUUUUCCAGGCCGCUGUAUCCAAAUCUGAGGUAUUUGGCGGUUCAGCUGAGCAGAAUGAUGAUGAAAACGAAAACGAGGACGCCAAGACUGCCAAGGAAAGCGGCAUGUUCCAGUUCAGCGAAGACGUUCCGUUAGCCGAAGAAGAAGACGAUGCUUUUGAAAAGGCAGCUGAAGAGGAAAACAGCGAGGAGGAAGAAGAGCCAGAAGGUGAGGAUCAAACUGACUUUGAGGUCGCAUGGGAGAUUCUCGACUUGGCACGCACGUUGUUUGAGAAGCAGUUACACGACGCACAAAAAGAAGCCCCGGCGGCCGAAACUGUCAUCCCGUUGCUUAAAUCAGAUACUGAGGAGCCAGUUUCUCCUGUAGUGACGUUGAAGAAGAAGUUGUCCGAGACGUACGACUUGUUAGGAGAGGUUUCUUUGGAAGCAGAAAACUUCAAGCAGGCAGCCUUGGACUUUGAACAGACUUUAGUCUUGAGACUCGAACUCUAUCCAGCACUUUCCUCUUUGGUGUCUGAAUCCCACUACAAGUUGUCCCUCGCGUUGGAGUUCUGUGUGGACGACGCCACUGCCAGGGCCAGGGCCGUGGAACAGAUGGAGCUUGCGUUGGUGUCUGUGAAGGCCAGAAUCGAGCUCUCAGGCGAGCUGGACGAUGAAUUGGUCCAGGAUUUGGAAGACCGAGUCGCCGAGCUCAAGAAAGACCCGGUUGCCGAAAUGGAGGCUGAGAAGUUACGUAUCAUGCAAGGCAUCUUGGGCGAGGCGACUGGUGAGGAGAAGCCUGUCAGCUCCGCCCCAGUAAACGAUUUGACCGGGAUGGUGAAAAAAAGAAAGGCCCCUGUCAACACCUUGGAAGUCAAGAAGGUUAAGAAAUAA